CCAGACAUGAGACUGUUGAAUACCAGUAUGAACGACUUAGCGGAGAAAUUCUUCAGUAAGGAGAAACGAAAAAGCUUGCCGAGUCUGGUCAGAAAAAGGCAAACCUACGAGGAACCAGAGAAAGAGGAUGGUAAAGAAUCUCCCGAACCGCAGGCUCCAGUACAGCCACCGAAAGCUCCUUCUCCUCGGAAAACACCACGGCUUAGGCUGGGAAAGCUCUCCAGAAAAUCGAGUUCAGAACGCCAUACACCCGAAGCACCAUCGGAGAAGUCGUCUGUCAUUCAUCAUAAACCGGCUGUCCCUGUUAACGGAGAGAAUUCAAAAAGUGAGAGUUUCCAGUCUAGCCCAAACACACCGACACCAACAGAUGAUUCCAAGAAUGAGCAAUCGAAGGAAAGAAUACCCCAUCUUUCAAGAGAAAGCAGCGUUGGCGGCAACGACCCACCUCUUGCAAAAAAGAUCCCCCGGCCUGGUUUUGGGCGCUGGGUGUCUAGCAACAGCAAUGUCUUGCACUUUUCCAAGCCGAAUGUGCAUAACCUUCCAGUGAGCGGCACUCCACCAGUAAUUGACACCGGAAUGCCGCCAACGCCGCCGAUUUCGCCUCCUAGGACUCCGGGAGCGCACAUCAAGCACUCUUUCAAAAGAUGGCUUUGGCCAGGACCGUUGAGCGCCAGCGAUGCUCAAAGCAUUCGACAGGUCAUUCAAACCCCCGAGAUGCCCGCGAUAAGCCCGAUGCAUCCAAUGACUCCAUGUAUGCCGCCGGUCAGCCUUUAUGGUCGAUAAUCUUCAACUGGAGGGCCUGAUUGCUGAUAACUCGGGUUUUAGUAUCGCCCUUUUCUUCAAGUUUGCACCGCCGACGCCGCGCCCGCCAUGAUCCAAGCAAUGCUACCCCAUCUAGCGAUGCUUUGACGCUCAAACCCACCGUUGCCAGUGUUCCUGCGACCUCUCUGCAGCGGGGAGACUCUUAUUUCACUGCGAAGUCCCCUGUCCAGGAAACACCGGAUCAUCGCAACCCGGACUAUAUUGGAACGGCAAUGGGCGGACGGUCACCACUGCACACCCCACCAGCACGCACACCUGUGAAUCGUGAUCGCGACGACUAUUUCCAGGAGGGCAACGACAAGCGGCGAUUGCAGAAAGAUCAGCGGCA